AUGCUUAAGAAUGCGCUCCGCCGCACCCCCGGCACCGGCACAUCCUUCAUCUGCCUCUUCUGCAAGCCCACCAGCACCACCGCCCCCCUCCGCCUCUCGCCGCUAAGGGGCAGCAGUACCCCCGCCGCCCUCCGCACCCUCACCACCACCCCCCAAUGCCUCAAAAACAGCACUGGCAAGCGCAAGUCUAAAGCUAAGGCUAAGGCUAAGGCCGCCGCCGCAGCAGCAGCCACGCCCAGCGAAGAGAGCGCCCUCGACGAGAUGCGCAAGGGAAUUGACGCCAUCGUUGCAAAGCAGCUGGCCGCGGACCUGCCCAAGCCGGCAAAGAAGCAGGCAAAGAAGGGGGACGGCAGGAAGAGUGUUGUCGGCGAGGAUGGCAAGAGGAGGCCUAUGGCGAGGAUGGUGGCGGGGGUGAGGAAGAAGGAGAUGACGCUGACGGAGGCGAUGGCGAGGAGUGGGGCGAGGAGGAGGAGCGUGGGGGAGGAGGAGGAAGGGGAGGCGGAGAAGGAUGUGGCCCCGAGGCCGAAGGGGUUGAAGGUGAUUGAUCCGGAUAAUGCGGCGUUGGAGCCGAUCAAAAUGCAGGGCCACACAAACCCACCCAAGAUCCACCAUGACCUCGACCGCGUCCUCUUCAACCCGGGCGUACACUACCUGCAAGACCCCCGCUCGCGCGUCUAUAACUUCGAGCCGUACCUGCGUGACAUCAUGCCCGUGCACGAAUUCGACUUUGAGGCCGUCGACUCGUACAUCACCUCGUCCAAGGACACCAGGCUCGAGCACCUCGCAAAGUCGCUGGGCAAGAAAUACUCGGGCUCCACCUCCUCCAUGACCUCCAUCCUCUCGCACUUCCACUACCUGCUCUCCCACUGGCGCGGCAUCAACGCCGAGUCCCUCUCCAAGGCCUUCCCCGUCGAGUACCGCUCCUUCACGCAGCUCUCGCGCGCCCCCGUCGCUACCUUCCUCCGCUACAAGGGCGACGGGACAUACGCCAUCGAUGCCGAUAAGGAGUUCGACACGGACAGUAUCCUCUCGCUCCUCGGCCGGUCGCUGGAGAAGAUGCUCACCCUACCCCCCGCGGAGUACGAGUCGCUGCGCAAGGCCAACGCCGCGGAGCGCACAGACGACUUCACACAGCACCCGGAUACAUUCCACUACAGCACCCUCGGCGACUUCCUGAUGCGCUCGCAGCUCGACGCGUACGACCCGCGGCUGCCGGGCACGGGCAUGUUCGACCUGAAGACGCGCGCCGUGGUGAGCGUGCGCAUGGAUGUGUCGAAUUUCCACCUGGGAUCCGGGUAUCAGAUUAAGACGCUCAAGGGCCAGUGGGAGAGCUUUGAGAGGGAGUAUUUCGAUAUGAUUAGGGCCGCGUUCUUGAAGUACUCGCUGCAGGUGCGGAUGGGGCGCAUGGACGGCAUCUUUGUGGCGUUCCAUAAUACGGAACGCAUCUUUGGGUUCCAGUACGUUGGGCUCGAUGAGAUGGAUGGGACCAUUCAUGGCGGAUAUAAUAGCGGUGUGGGCGAUAAGGAGUUUAAGGCUAGUUUGGUGCUGUUGAAUAAGAUUCUUGAUCGGGCGACGGAGAAGUUCCCUGAGCAGUCACUGCGCCUCCAUUUCGAGACCCGAGAAACACAGACACCGCAGAUGUACAUUAUUGCCGAGCCCGUAUCCGAGGAGCAGAUUGAGAAGAUCCAGAACAGGAAUGCGCGCGACAUGAGCGAGUUCCUCAAGAGCCUUGAGGAGAAGCGCGACAGCGUCAUGAAGAAGGCCGAGUCUAAGCGGAUUGCCGAGAAGUUUGGCACCAUUGAGGAGGAGGCCGCUACUGCUGCUGAAGAGGAGGCAGAGAAGAUAGAAGAGGCGGCGGCGGCAGAAGAAGCUGAGGCGGCAGAGGAAGCUGAGGCGGCAGAGGAAGCUGAGGCGGCAGAGGAAGCUGAGGCGGCAGAGGAAGCUGAGGCGGUAGAGGAAGCUGAGGCACUAGAGGAGCAGUUUGAGCAGGGGCAGCAGGGGAUGGAGAGUUCGCUGGAGACGGAGUCGGUUGUGAGGACGAUGGUGGAGGAGGAGACGGUGCUGGAGGCGAGGGAGGAGACUGCCGGGGAGGUUACGGAAGAGGUCUUGGAAGAGUUCUCUGAAGAAGCCACAGAGGAGAUCCCAGAGGAGACCUUGGAAGAGAUCUUGGAAGAGACCUCAGAGAUCUCUGAAGAAACCCCAGAGGAGAGCUCAGAACUCACCUCCGAAGAGACCGCCGAAGAGUCCACCUCCGAGACCUCCGAGUCCGAGUCCACUGAGGCCUCCGAGACCACCGAGACCACCAAGACCACCAAAACCACCCCCCCGAAACCCACAAAGCCGCCCAAGCCACCCAUCCUCGCCAUGACCCUCACAACCUACAACCUCGUCAACAACCGCGCCGUGCUGCGGCCGGACCACCUCACCAAGCACGACAAGUGGACCAUCGAGUACAACAUGGUGGAGGCGGAGUCCAACGACCGCGCAUGGAACACCUACAACAGCAUCAAGGUGCGGCGUAAGAAGGCCGUCGAGCAGAAGUUUCUUGCCGAGGACAGUGACGAGGUGAGUGGGUAUGUCAAGUAUCUGCGGGCGCUGUCGAAGGAGGGGCGGACGUGGGCGGCGGGGCAGGAGAAGAGGUGGGGGAAUGAGAGGGUGGUGUAUAAGGCGGGAGGGAAUUUGGAGUAG